AUGCGGCGGGUGCUGUUGGACGCACGACGCGCUUCCAUCCCACUGUGGUGUGGCUACCGCCGCUCCUCCAACAAAAGCGAGGGCGGGGCGUCGUGCGAUGAUCGUCACCCGUCUGUGCCUGAGGCCGCGAAACCGUCAGAGGCUGGGGCUAAGGAAGAGUACACCAUCCCUACCGCCGACAUUUUGCGGGCAGUGAGACAGCGGGACUUCAACGCCUUUCAGUCCCACGCUGUGGGCGUUGUGCAGCAGAAGUGGAAGGAGGAGCACAACAUCCCGGCAGCUUGCGUGAUUUUCUUUUUCCUCACGUGGUAUUGGAUGUCGAGCUCGCGCCGCCGCGUCGUGCGUUCCUGCAGGGCGACUGAGGCGAAGGUGAGGGAGGAAGCGGAUCAGACGCUGGAAGUGGUGAACACACUUGUGCGGAAGUGGAGGAAAGAUGUUCAGAAGGCGGACCAGCAGCUACAGUUGAUUCUCGACAAGAAUAGCGAGCUCACCAAAGACAUUGACCGCAUGACGGCUGCGCUGCGGCAGUGCUACGUGAAGGUGCCGGUCAAUAAAGCUGGGCUGGCGAAGGCGGGUGCAUCGGAGUAG